CUGAAGUAUCACGCCGUGAACUGAGACCAAAUUAUCAGUUGUACCAAGCGAGUUCCCUGAAAAGAAUUGUAAAAUUAUUUUUAGCUACUAAGCCAAAAUGGAGAAGAAACGGCAACAGUUCGGCCUGCGCUCGGAUGAAGUUCCCGCUCAAUUCCGCGAAAUGUUCAUCUGUUCUGGCUAUCGCAAACCUUACAGUACGGCGAUGGAUUGUGUGAAGAGUGCUUUCUUGCCACUGAACGAAACUGUCAACGUUUGGACACACUUUGUCCCUUUUCUGCUUUUCCUGGUACGUUUUGCCUUUUUAUUCUCGAAAUAUUCUCUUAUCAAGGACGCUUAUGUGUAUCCUUUGCUGUCAUUUGCCAUUGGAAUCUGCGGAUUUUUGUUGAUGAGUUCUGGAGCACAUCUCUUCAACUCCAUGUCUCCGAGAGUACGACACAUUUGCUUCUUCUUCGAUUAUUCAGCAAUAAGUGUUUACAGUGUCGGAGCAGGACAAGCAUUCUACUUCUACAGUCGCUCUCUGAAUAGUAGUGACACUUUGUUCAAUUCCUGUAGCGCUUUCUUAGCGAUUUCAUGUUUAAUUUCCGUUUUCUCAACCUUCACCUGUUGUGCCUCGAGGCACAGAUGGCCUAAGAUGAAAUACGUUAUUCGCACGCUUUGCUUUGUGCUAGCGUUUUUCUUCAACAGUUUCCCAUAUUUACAUCGUGUAUUUGUGGAUUCACCAUCCCAGUUUGAUGCGCCGGAAGAGCAGCUCGCCAUCUCCUAUUUCAGACGUCACUCGCUCUUCUACCUAAUUUCUGCGUUAGCCAACAUGUCGCGAAUGCCUGAGCGGUUAAUACCCGGUGUGUUCGAUUUAGUUGGCCACAGCCAUCACUUCCUCCAUGUGUUCACUGCUCUUGGGGCAGCGGAUCAAUUCACAGCCAUUCAAAUCCAAAUGGAAUCGAGACGAAACGAUUUGGAGCGUUUCCCAAUUGCAACAUUUGGGAACAGUUUAGGUCUUAUGGUGUUUAUUUGUGUAAUUAACUGCGGUAUAGUGUUAUGGUUUGGUAAGAGUCUUCGAUCGAACAAGGAGGAAGAGCACAAAUCACUAUAACUGUUUAAAGAUGUUACGCGUUUUAUUUUUCGAUCGAUUGUGUUACAACCUUCCGAAGCUUUGGGAUUCGAUAGGUGAAACUCUGAGUAAAAUUAGCAUACUUCUAUUCAUUAGUCUUUUGUUGCUUUGAGAAGUGUUUGUGAUUUUUCAUUUUUCAAAAGAAACGCUUUUAAGACAGUCACAAUAUCACUGAAUUUCGAGCUCGCAGGUAAUAAAACAUUUAACAGGGAAUACUUCAAUUGAUACAAAUCUAGUUUAAAAUGAAAUCGCUUUUUGAAGAGAAAAGUUGACAGGAAAUAUAGAAUUUUGCUAUUCUUGGUGAAACAAAUUUAGAAAAACGUUGUUUGUUGGAAGAAAUGUUUCUUUAGAGUAAGUUAGUAAAAUUUGGUCGGCUUAAUA